AUGCAACACGUCGUACAAAGCAAAGAGCUUUUUCUCGUUGACUCGUCGUUCAAACUCAUCGUUUGUUUCGAUUGUUUGUCUUUGCAGUUGCGCCUGAACCUACUCGUUUGGAUAGGCUGUUGUUUUUGCUUGUUAACUCAAGCACCUUGGGUGGUUGGAGCCGGACAUGAUCCACCACCCGGGCCACGGCCCACCCAGCUAGAGGACAUCGAACGGGACAAUCUCAACAGCGAGCGGCAGGUGUACAAAAAGGAAGCCAUCGCCCAGCAGCAUCAACAGCAGCAGCAAGGUGCCAGCUCGAGCCAAAGCAGCAACCACUAUUCUGUGCAGAUACAACACGUCCCUGGCAGCUUGGCUGGUACACACAGCUCCGUAAAAUACGUGACGCCACUUCCGGUUCCGACGCAAACGGUUUCCUACACGAAAGAUCACGUGGCUCCGCAGCACUACGUCGGUAUUCAACAACAACCACCAGCCUACCUUCAACACCAACAUCAACCGGUACCGCAAGUACAUGAAGAUCACUCUACCUAUACGGUUCCGUCACGCCAAUCGCUUCUGCAGCCAUCGAUCGGAGGAAGUGCUCCAGCUUCGCCCUAUCUAACGCCUCAACCACAGUACGUGUACGUACAGGCUCGUCCGCAACAACUACCACAGUAUGCUGCCGACAACAACCUACCGCAAUCGUUGCUGCAUAUUCUGCCACAGAACUCACAGGCUUACAUCAUGAUACCGACGCCCUACUACCAACAGCAGCCACCCCACCCUCCGUCAUCCCACGGGACAACCCUGCUGACCGCAACACCCUCAUCUGCCCCCACGCAACCCCACUCCGAGCAGCAACUGGCCGCGUAUGUCAACGACCCGGACAACAACAUCCAGACGUACUCGCACGGUGAAACUGGAGCACAAUCACCAACCAGCGCCCCCUCCGGACCUCAGGCUGCCCCGCAACCCGACGUCGUCUACGCGCCAUCCUCCACACCCGCCCCCGCACUCCACCAGUCGCCUUCGGCGGAGUUUUCUAUCGUGAAAAGUGUCGAACAGCCGGUUUUCUACUCGCAUGAUCUGCCUCCGGUGCAUCAGCACAAAUUUCCGGCACCGGUGAACGUCCCGCAACCUCCCCAUCAUUUGAACUUUGCCCCACCACAUGGCCUACCCGCUCCACGACCCUUCCUGCCGCCAGCACACCAGCACACACCGGAUGCACAUUAUCCUGCAUACCUUCAGGCGCACUCGUACGCACCACAUUUGUAUCCUUCGCUGGCUCACCCGAACAACGGCAUCCUGAAUUACUUCGGUGUGCAGCAGCGGCCUCCAACAAGUCUGCUUGACUCGUACGUGCCUAGUGGGCUCCAGCUAGCCAAGACGCCACUCUACACCACGAAACUAUUGCCCCACGGGUACGCACCGGCACCCCAUCACCAUCUUCACCAGCGACCGGCGCCAGUGUCCUCGGCAGCGCCCUUCUUCCAGCCAGCUUACCCCGUAACACCACUCCACACAACCGUCCUCCAGCCGGCAGCCCUACACGGUCCAUCCGUGGCAGCGACGGCGCCAGGAUACAACACGAUCGCUUAUUCCGUGCCGCUGGCUUUCACCAAAACAUCCGCCCAGUACAAGCGAUCGCCGGCGUUGUUCAGCGUAGCCGGAUUCCCGCGGCCACUCGGUCCCAUGGCCACAACCAAGCUGCAACCGGCGAAGCAGUUCCCGUGA